AUGGCUACUCUUGGUUAUUGGGAUAUUAGAGGUUUGGCUGAACCAAUACGUCUUUUGCUUUCUUAUUUGAAAGUCCCUUAUACCGAUAAAUUGUACUAAUUCGAUAACAGUGAAUGGGUUGAAUAAGAUAAACAAAAUUUUGAUCAUAGCUUUCCUAACUUACCUUACUACAUUGAUGGAGAUAUUAAGAUAGUUUAAUCAUCAGCUAUACCUAUAUACAUCAUCAAAAAAAAUAACAGAUACGAUUUAAUUGGCUAAAAUAUUGACGGAACCUUUAAUUAAAGAGAGAUUAAAGUGAUUGAAAUGGUUGGGGUAGUUAAUGAUAUUAGAACUUAAAUUAUUAGACUUUGCUUUAAUCCUGAAUUUAAAAAAUUGAGAGAAAAUUAUUUUGCAACUAACAUUUCGGGAUUGUUGAAUAAAGUUGUAGAGUUUUUAGGACAAAAAGAAUUCCUCCUUGACACCCUAACAUAUGCUGACUUUAUUUUCUAUGAUACAAUAAUACUUCUUUCUUAUCUAUAUCCUUAAUCUUAAUGCAAAGCAUUAACUGACUACGCCAAAAGAUUUGAAAACAUCGACGGAAUUAAGUAGUAUGUAGAGACUCCUCACUCAUAUGAUAAAUUAUUCUUUCACAAAACCUAUGCAAGUUGGUCAGGUCCUAAUUCUGAUUAAUUUUGA